CUCAUUUACAUCAGUCCUUAUUUGACAGCUGUACACGCUGGUCAUUUUAAUGAAACGUCAACUUGUUCUCUUUGUUUAAUGUUUUAUUAGCCAAUGAUUAUCUAUGAAUUUAGGCGUAUUCAAUAGAGUUAAUCUCAAGGAUUCUGGGGGAGGAAUGUAUUCAGAAUGGGCUUCACUAAGUGCAUUGAUACAGAGAGGUUCAGAAGAAAGUCGCAGCGUAUUGGAAAAGUUUUCUCCAGGAGCUGGACGUGAAGUUGCACUUCCUGUGGUUCGACAAUUAGCUGCAAAUCUUGGAAUUACUCAAGCUGCUGAACCAAGUCCUUUGAAUACUGAUAAAGAAGUUCAAUGGUGUAUGGAAGUCAUAUGCUUUGGACUAUCACUACCACUUGCUGAACAUGAUACAGUCAGAGAUUGUGUUAAUGUUUAUUGUGAAUGGUUAUCAGCUUUAUAUGUUUCACCAAAGAUUUCAGUACCAAAACCAAUUGUUGAAGAUCCAAAUUUUUAUGCUAGGAAAAUGAUCAGUCAUUUUCAUAAUUUAUUUGUACCAAGAAAGGGCGAAGUCUGGCCCUUUUUAUAUCAGGAUUUAGGAGCUGAUACAAUAAAUAGACAAGCAGUUCUUUGUCAUCGAGUCUUAAGAACGCUUCAGCAGGUAGCAAGAGGCCCAGCUACGUUAGAUAAUGAAACAUGGGAAAGUUUACUCUUAUUUUUAAUUGGUAUUAAUGAUGCUUUACUUGCACCACCUGCUGUUCGAGAAGAUGCUGGAGAACAACUUUGUGAACGAGUUCUUGGAGUACUACUUGAGGUAUGGUUAGUAGCUUGUGAAAGAAAUUUUCCAUCUCCUCCUCUUUGGAGAACUCUACGAGAGUCUUGCCUGCGUUGGCGACAUCGUUUAGCUCUCAUUGAACAAUGGAACCGAGUUUGCCUAGCACUUACUGCACGAUUAUUAAAUAUAAUGUAUGGACCAUUGUUUCCGGAAUUAAAAAUAAGUGAAGAAGAUGCCCAGGUAGUUCCACCAACUAUGUCAGAUGAAGCAGUUGCUCAAGCCUGGUAUCGAUUAUUAAGGACAGUUGGAGAUCCAGUGGAUUUAUGUAGACCAGCUGUUGUAUCACAAACACAAGCUUUUUUGCAAUAUGCAAUAGCAAGUCCUUAUGUGAUUGAUCCUUGUCAUCAUCCAUGUCUUCAGUCUUUACCGCAGAUUUUUUUAAAAGCCAUCAAAGGUAUCGCUGGUCAAGUUGAUGCAUUUCUGGGAGUAUCACAAGCCUGCUGCUGGGAAGAAUGUUGUGCAACUAGUGGAUUUACUUCAGGAAUAAAUACGCAUGCAGCAGGAGGAGGCGUUGGCGCGAUUAGCAGUAAAGAUCAGCCGCAAUCGUCGCCUACGCCUCCAACUCAACGAAGACUUGCCAAGAGUUUCAGCGUAACUCCUUCUGCUGUCACAAAGGGAAUACCUAAAGCAUCUUUAAUUGGUUUGACUAGUAGUCGACUUUCUAGUACACCUCCAACGAUAGCCAAUUCCGGGCCAUCUUCAACAUCCAGUACUACUUCCAUCACCUCUCUUGGACAAGACAUAAGACCUCCCUUAGCUCCAGGAAGACCCAAGUGCAAUAGUAUUUUACAUUUAUUUGGUGAAUGGUUAUUUGAAGCAGCAUUCAUUGGAACUGACGGAUGGUCUCAAAAUUUGCCUCGAGCAUCGAAACGUCCAUCUUCUGUGCUCGUAGAAGGUCCAAGUUCUUUACAAGAAACUAUUACUGAGAUACCAUCUACUCUUAGCAUUGAUCGUUAUGAAUCAGGUCGAGCGGAAGCCAUGGGGGCACUUUGUCGGAUUUUCUGUGCAAAAAAAACUGGCGAAGAAAUACUUCCAGUAUAUUUGGCACGAUUUUAUCAAGCAAUGUAUCACGGACUGAAAGUUGAUGAAUCUCGAGAGUGUGGAGAAACUCUUGCUAGUAUUUUAUCUAAUUCUGCAGAUCUUUUUCGAUUAGAUCUUGAUGGAGUAGAGAUACUAAUUCCUGCAGUUAUUAAUGCCUUAGAACUUGUUUUACCUGAUAAAGAUUUGAAAUUGAAGUCAACUUCUGUAUCAAAAAUUGAACUACGAAGAGCUUCAAUUCAAUUAUUAAUAUCAAUGUUGGUAUUACCACUACACUUCCAGAAUCUCUUCAUUCGUGAGUUGCCUAUUGCUUCAACGAAUCUAAAUAAUACAGACAAACCUCAACUAACAUUUGGCCAGUUGAAACCUAGAUUAAUGAAUUUAUUGAUUAAUGCACUCCAAGUAGAAACUGAUCCUUUAAAUACACAUAUGCUACUUGGUGGUCUCUUACUUAGUGUUCAAGAUUCUGCGACUGUUGAAGAAGUAGAACAUUCAACAGUUGUAGACACGUUAACAAAUGAUACCUCAACCAAUUUAUUAUCAUCCGUCAGCAGUGAUUCGACCAGUCAGAUAAGCAUUUCCAGUGACCUUCGAUCGCUUGGGGAAACAUCUGAUGUAGAAACUGUACAGGAAGAAAGUCCAUCUUUCGAUUCUGCUCAUGCUCUCUUUCUAAGAGCCACAUAUCUCGUUUGUCAUCGACUAAUCUCAUCGUGGAAGACAGAUCUAAAUAUUUCAUUAGCUGCACUAGAGUUAUUAUCAGGAUUAGCACGAACUAAAAUCCGAGAAACAGCUCGAAGACUAACAGAUGCAUUAGAAUGUAAACGUGCAGUCAAAUGGCUCUGUGAUUAUAUUACUUAUCAGUGUUGGCGUCCACCACCGGCUCAUUCUAAAGAUCUUCAUUCAUCAAUCGUAGCUGCUUUUAGCUGUUUAACAACUUGGCUAACAGCACAUCCACAAUUAUUACAAGACAAAGAUUGUUUAACAACAGUAUUCGAAGUAGUCGAACUUGGCAUAUCAGGAUCAAAAAGUAUUGGUAAACCAGGUGAACCAAUUAAAAUGAAACAUGAAAAAGAAUUAAAACCAGCAUCAAUGCGAGUUCGAGAUGCUGCUGAUGCUCUUCUCACAAUAAUUCUUGAACAGGUUGGCUAUUUCCCCAGUGCAUGUGGUGCUCAAUCACUUUCAUCUCUUUUAGAUGAAGUGAGUCUUCUUCAACAUUGUAAUAGUAAUAAUAGUGAAAAAAUAAGUCGUCAAACAGCAGUAGAACAUUUUCGAUUUUUUGUCGCUGAGAAUGCAACAAUGUUAGCACUUUUAGAAGAUCCUUUAGUGAGUGAUAAAACACCUCAACCAACUGUAACUGCAUUAAUUCGUGGUCCUUUUGGUCGACAUGCUUGGACUAUGCACUUGAGACAUUUGCCCAGACAUAAAUCUGGAAUUAAGAGUAUUAACUUUAAUCCUGGACGACCAUUAUCAUUAAUUGAGCCUGCACCUCGAAGUGAAUAUAAACCUAGAUUCUUUCCUGAUAAUGUUGAUAAAAUUCCUCACUGUAAAGUUGAUGAUUCAAUACCAACUCUUGAGGCAGUAAUGAAUGAUGAUGAUGAUAUCAAGGACGAGCAUCAGGUAUUAUCACAAUUGCUUGACCGACAAAUUAAUCUAGAAUUAAGGAUGGAUAAAGAAUUUAAUUCACGAAGAUUAGAAAAUGAUGAAGAAUGCAUUUCACCAGAGAAUUGUCAUGAAUUCCAAACCGCAAGGCUCUUCCUAAGUCAUUUUGGUUUUCUUAAUUUAGAAGGAAGUUAUAAUGAGGAUGGCAAUAAUUUCGGUAUAAUAGCUUUAGAUCCAACUCUUGCAGGAUUUUGCACUGAUCUUGAGAGUUUAGACCAAAUAAGUUCAAGAACGUGUGAUACAGUGCAUAUAUUUUAUGUUAAAUCUGGCCAAAAAAAUCCUUUAGAAAUUUUAUCAAAUGUUCAACAUCAAAAUGAUGUUUCUCAACAUUUUUUGGAGCUUUUAAGUUCAUUAGGUUGGCCAGUAAAUGUUUCAACUCAUGCUGGUUGGACAGGUCAUGUUUCUACAUCUUGGAGAGUCACACCACCAACCACUAAUCCAUCCACCACAAAUUCUGAUCAUGGUGGUGCUCUUUUUAACGGGGAAACACAUAUCUUAUACUGGGCGGAUGUAAGCUCAGAAAUAGCAUUUAUAGUUCCGACUGGAUCAUCAGUACCCGCACAAUUACCAGACUCUCUCGAUGAAAUCAGCUACAAUAGCGAUACGAGUAGUGGACAAACUUGGUAUGAGAGAAGUAUUAGUGAAAUAGGAACCAAUCGCAUAGGUUACGCAUCUUCACAUUCUUAUAAUCAAGGGAAUAGAACAAUGUCAUUGGAUUUGGAAAAACAACCGCCAAGUCUUACAGGUUCUGGACCAUCUAGUGUUUCUAGUAAUCAAGAGCCAACUAGACCGAGAAGAACUACUAAACAUUCAUUGCCUUGGCAAACUGAUACUCGAAUUAUGGUUGUAUGGCUUGAAAGUCUUGAAGACUAUGUUAAUUUUCCAGUUGCUGAACUUUUGCCUUGUACUCAUACAGGAUUAGAAUCAUUUAGAGUUCCUCAACCGUCCGAUGUUUAUAUAAUAUUUCUUCAAGCUUUAGCAAAUGGUUUAUUGAGAGUAAGACUGCAGGGACCAGUAUCUAGGAUGAAUCUCGCUACACCUUUAAUUGAUGGGAUGGUUGUAUCACGAAGAGUUUUAGGAACAUUAGUUAGACAAACUGCAUUAAAUAUGGGAAAACGAAGAAGACUUGAUAAUGAUAGUUAUCAUCCACCACACGUGCGUCGACGUUUAAAAAUUCAAGAUAUAGUACAAAAGUAUAAAAAAGAUCUUUCACAACCAGAGUUACUCACAUUCUUGUUCAACAAUACCACAGUAUCAAGUUGAAAUAAACACUUAAAAUAAUUAAUUGAUAAA